AUGAGCCGGUACGUGUAUGGCCAUGGUGCGGCCCAGGGCUACCAAACCUCGCAGCCCUACGCGUACUCAGCAAACGAACCAUAUAAUCCUACUUUUUAUCAUAACGACGCAGCUGUGACUCAACCGACUCACGGCCAGGAAGUUGCGGAAGCGUAUGAGUAUAAUCAGACUGCCAUUCCAGGUUUAGGAAUGAGAUUUUCGCAGGACACUGCGAACUGGCAACCAACAUUACCUCAGAAAAUCCCCGAUGUUCAGAUAGACUCGACUAGUGCCACGACAACGGGUGUGACCACAAAACCCGAUUACAACAACGCAUCCAGCCAUUCGAUAACAUACAACUCGCGGUCGACUAUGGCAAUGGAUGUGGAUACAAUGGAAGACGGUGAGCUCAGUGAAGGCGAACUCGAAGAUAUAUAUGAACCCAACGGGAUAGAUGGCCCCGCUACCGAGAAUAAUGGCCCCCAACCGCCAGGUUCUACAGCUGCCAAGCAACACAUGACCGAGAACCUGCGAAACAACCACGAUGUCGAGAAACAAGCUUCGAACUCAAAGCAGCCCGGUCGCGAACGUUCUGGCUCGUACUCGCCGUACCUCUCUCCCCGUGAAAUAGAAUCCAACGGCUCGGAAAACGCCAGGUCAAAUACGCAUGACUCAAGCAUUGCCAAUGGCCGUGCAAUGACGGAAUCAGGAACAGCCAUGAAGACGACAAAUGCUAAUGGAGGCGAGUACAGCUCAAGCCCAAGGCCUGACACAAGCCAUAUAGAUGCAAUUAUCUCGGAAUAUAAGAAAAGGGCUGAAAAGGCUAUUUUACACCUCUGGCCACUCAAUGUUCGAUAUCACAACUAUAUCGAAGAAGGAAUUGAUCGGGCACUGCUGGAUGAGCUUUUCGGGGAAAUGGGCCUCGACUUGGAGGCCAAUACCGAAAUCCAAGGAGAAGCAAAACGCCCCUCGAUGGCAAAAGUUGCUGAAGCACCAAGUAAUGCCCCCGGUCAAGAGAGUGCUUCAACUGCAACAAGCACGGCCGCCGCUGGGCUUAAGGGCGUGGAGCAGACCAAAGACAAGUCUGAAGAACGGAAGGACCGUAUCGCCCGUUUAUUGGCUGCCAAAGGCUCCAAAACAACCGCUGGAGACACUGAUAUCGCGAAGCCUUUACAUCCGAUGUCAUUAUUGCCAGGCGACGCAAAAACAGACAAGACUAAAAGUCAAUCGGAGAAGUCGAAGCUGAUCCAGCAAAAGAUGGAGGCAUUAAUAAGAGCGCGGGAGGCAAACGCGAAGGCGGCACCCCCAGCUCAUGCACCCUCAGAGCCUCACUUACCUCCGCCAAUAACUGAAACCAGCAGGUCGCAAAGUCUUGCGCGUGCUGAUUCUGUGAAUAUUGAUGAGCAAACAGAAGUCAACGCUGACAUUGCGGAUCCAGCAACUGCACCUUCUAUUCCUGGCUUAUUCCUGUCGUCAAACGCACCCUCUCCUGUUCCUCAUCAGCGCAAACGACCUGUUGCAGCGGAGUUGAACGAGAACUCCACGGCCAUGUCCCACAAGCGCCCGUUCGGCCAGACUCGAGAGUCUCGUCCAUUCCUAAUCGAUGUGAGCGACGAUGAAGACGAUGCUGAGAUGGAAAUUGAUUCUCCUGAGUUACGGCCUUCGUCAAUACAGCAGCCUAUGACGCCUGGUUCAAGAACAGCGUCUUUCCGUGAUCAUCCAGCUCUGCCAGACAGUGCGUCACAUCGCGUUGUUUCCAGUCCGAAGACUGCGGGGACUCCCGCCACAAGUGCUAAUAGCAUGUAUGAUCUUAAGAGUAUGAACAAAAAGAUUGAGGAUAUGAAACGAAAAAUUGCCGAGGCCGAGGCUCGUAAGAAGGCCAAACAGUCCGGCAAUAAUUCACCUUUGCCUCAGUCUGGAUCGCCUUCAAAAGAGGGUAGCGUCGACAUUCCGACCCCGCCAGGACCUGCUGUAAGGCGCGCUCUAUCGACAAAUACUGAAAUGGCUCAAGGUAGCCCGGCGUCAAGUGUGCACAAUUCUCCACAUGCUAUUACCAAGUUGCCUAAAGCAAGAGACCAAUCAGUGACAGCAAGAUCUUCGCUGCGUGCUCGAGUUGCCAGCGAACGCCUGUCUGUUGUCGAGGCUCGGCGAAAGGCACAAGCCAAGCAACUCCAGCAUCUAUACUCCGAAGCCGCUAGACUCGAGAACGAGAUUCAGAAGAGCUUGGCUGAAGAAGAGCGGUUGAAGGAAGAUGCCGCAGAAAAUGAGUUGAACCCGUCAACUCCGAACGAGUCUGAGCUGGAGAAUUUCCAGAGGGACGGCUUAGAUAUGGUGACAAAUGCUCGGAGUGCCUCUCAAGAGACAAACUCGAAAGAAACAUUAACUCAACUUGCAGAGAACGAAAAAGUGAAUCUCUCUUGCGAUGAGGUUGAGCCAGACGCCUCGAUGGACCAAGCCUCGAGCAUUGAGCCGACUCUUGACAAGGAAAUGAUAGACGAACCUCCUCAAGUUGAACUGCAAGAACUUGAGGAUCGUAGGACAAAAGAGGCUGCUGUAACCGGUAGCCUCUCUGCAUUGGCAACAAGAUCUUCCACCACACACGAUACAGCCGGCACAUCUGAUGAUCCUGCCAUGGAUGGAGCUGAAGAGGCCGAAGAAGAUGUGGCAAUGGAAGAGAACGAUACUUCGAGCGAGGAGGAAGAUACCGAUGACUACGAGCCAACGCAUGUCGGCGCUGAGGUCCAAAAGGCACCGCGAGUUGGUGAGAAAAUCGACAAAACCACAUUCGUCCCAUAUGAGACGCCCCUUCAAUACUUUAGGGCUUAUCGCUUCCAUCCUCAGUACAGCGGCUCGGUCGCCGGGGGGUUACGCUCUUUGACCUACAGCAAUAAGAUCGACGUAGCAAGGGAAGUAUGCCCUGACCAGCUUAUUGAAGGAGCUUGCCCUAAAGGCAACGAGUGCCAAUUCCAGCAUUUCGAAAACAUGCAGGUUCCGGAUGAUCAAAUUCUCCUUCAACUUGGUGCUUAUGGCAACUGCGAGGCAGAUCAACAUGAUCAGUACGUUGAAGGACUUCGCAAAUUGCUUACAGACUUUCGCAAACGCAAGGUGAAGGACUUCGAUACCAUCAGCAACGGUAUUAUCGAGUAUCGCGCGAAGUUUCUCGGCGACAAAACGAAAAUUCUACCAUUGGGUGCUGUCACCCUUUGA